UUUCUUAAAGAUCUGUUAAUGGGUUAUCUUUUCCGUGGAUUGCAUUAGUUGCUGAUGCAUUUUAAUUUCUUAAUGGUCUUUAAUCUUUUUCUUUUUACCCAUUUCCACUCACUCACACACAUUGCUUGGUUGAGGUAGUAGCUGCAGCAUCAAUGGUGUUGGUAGUCUGUGUAUUGAAAGAGACUGCUAGACUUCUAUAAAACGAUUGAACAUCCUCUGUUUUUCUUGAAUUUAGUUUAAUCUCGACGUUCCAUAUUUCGAGUUCUGAAGUAAUGGGAGGACAAAUGAGUGAUUGUGCAACUUGAGGUUAUGGAUGUCGGCUCAAGUUGGCCACUGUUUUCUGUCCUUUCUAUUUGGUCUUACUAUGAAUCUUUUGUCUGGGGCAUUAGAUUAUCCCCAUGGUCGGAAAGCCUCCUAAUUACCCAAUUUAAUAAUUAGAACAGUGGAAAUUUUAGUACUUCAAUUGAGAACUGUAUCUUCUAGCUCUGUUCUGUUGGUUCAGUUUCUUUAAAAUCCCUCUCUGAAGUUUGACAGAGGAAGAAUGAGAACAAACAAAUCAAAGCGUUCAGAGGCCUUCUGGCCUUCCAUUGUUAUGAAGAAAUGGCUAAAUAUUAAGCCCAAGGUGAAUGAAUUUAGUGAAGAUGAGGUUGAUACUGAGACUGAGAGUGAGGAUGAGGCAUACUCUCCUAGAGUUGCAAAAGAGCACCUGGCUGGGCAUCGGUUUUGCAGAACAUCGGGGGAUCAAUCUGUACACCCAAGUCAAGCUUCAGGGACACCAUCCAAGGGUUAUCUUUUAAGACAUAGGAGAGGAAAAUCAGAAACUCUACGCGUUCAAUAUAUUAAUAGAAAGGAUGUGAGGGUAACGAUAGGCACAUGGAAUGUUGGUGGAAGACUUCCAUAUGAGGAUCUUGAUAUUGAAAUUGAAGAGUGGCUUGGUAUGGAAGAACCAUCAGACAUGUACGUUAUUGGUUUCCAAGAGGUGGUCCCUUUAAAUGCUGGGAAUGUACUGGGGGCAGAGGAUAACAAGCCAAUUCCAAAAUGGGAAGCAAUCAUUCGUAGAACCCUGAAUAAGUCUUCACAACCUGAAACAAAAUUUGCAAGUUACAGUGCCCCAUCCUCACCAGUAUGGAGGACAUAUUCUGCUGAUGAUAUCUUUGCAGAUGAGAUAGCUGCUCCUGAAGUAGAGGUGAUGAGCAAGGAGCCUGUGGGGCUCAAUGAUGUUAGUGAUUUUGGAUUACAAGGUGUAGAAGAAAUAAUCAGUACUCCGAAGAAGUUCCAGUUAAGGAGACCAUAUGGGAUUGACAUUGAUGGUAGACUAGAUUGGCCUGAACGCCCAUUAGAUAUGAAGACACGAGUUAAUUCUUCUAACAAAGGAUUGCGGAAAGUGUUAAGCAGUUCAGCCAGAAUUGGCUUUGAUUGGAUGGAGAAGCCUCUAGUUUUCACUAAUCAAGAUUUAGAAUUGGACGGUGGAUUGAAACGAGUGCACAGUAGCUCAGGAAGCCUAGGUUUGAUGUGGACAGUGCAGCAAGAUCAGUCUGAAGUGCUCUCUUUUUCUGAUGAUUCUGAAAGUUCGUGUGAAGAAGACGAAGAUUCUCACUUAGAAGCAGAAAGGGGGAAUUGCAAAAAUGGAGUCAAAAGAGCUAAUUUGAAGACCCGUGCUAAAUAUGUGCGUAUUGUUAGCAAACAGAUGGUGGGGAUUUAUGUAUCAGUUUGGGUUCGUAGAAGGUUGAGGAGGCACAUAAAUAAUUUGAAGGUUUCUCCAGUGGGAGUUGGUCUCAUGGGCUACAUGGGAAACAAGGGAUCUGUUUCUAUCAGUAUGUCUCUUUUUCAAACACGGCUGUGUUUUGUUUGUUCACAUCUAACAUCUGGUCAAAAGGAGGGGGAUCAACAAAGACGUAACUCUGACGUUUAUGAAAUCUUACAACGUACGCAAUUCUCUUCUGUUUUUGAUGCAGAUCAGCCACAGACUAUUCCAUCUCACGACCAGAUUUUCUGGUUUGGGGAUUUGAAUUAUCGUCUUAAUAUGUUGGAUGCUGAGGUAAGAAAGCUUGUGGCUAAGAAACAGUGGAAUGAGCUUAUCAAUAGUGACCAGCUGAGCAAAGAACUUCGGAGUGGGCAUGUCUUUGACGGAUGGAAGGAGGGUGUAAUAAACUUCCCACCCACAUACAAAUAUGAACUCAACUCAGAUAGAUAUGUUGGAGAAAAUACAAAAGAAGGGGAGAAAAAGAGAUCCCCAGCAUGGUGUGAUCGCAUUCUAUGGUUAGGGAAGGGCAUCAGACAGCUUGCCUACAAGCACACUGAAAUAAGGCUUUCAGAUCAUCGCCCAGUUAGCUCAAUCUUCUUAAUUGAUAUUGAAGUCUUUGACCAUCGAAAGCUCCAGAAAGUUCUGAAUAUAAAAAAUGCUGCAGUGCAUCCUGAAGUGUUUCUUGAUGAAUGGGGGGAGUGAAAAAGUUUGACAGAAAUCAGGGAUGGUUCAGAGAGAUGAUUGGAAGUCUUGAUGAGAUCUGUUUAGAAGUUGUCUCAAAUUCAACCGGAUUCCUUGCAUGAGUUCUGGUGAUGAGGCUAGAUGACAUGCUAAUUUAUAACUCUGAAAGCAAGCAGUACAUAUGUGUCAAGACACAUCUAAGAUGCUGCUAUAUGAGAUUCAACCAGUGGUAGGAGCUGAUCUCUGGUUUAUAUAGUUUAGUAUGCCCAGUUUACUGAUAAACAGAACUGGUUUUUACAUGAAGUGAUGAACGUGUGGAGUAGAAGUCGGAGAAAAAAAAAACUCCAUAGAUCCAUGUACCAUUGUUUCUAGUUGUACAUUCU